AUGGAGUGCGCCUCGAAAAUUGUAGAAAAAGCAAUUGAUGUUGUGUGGGACCUGAGUUUCCGGCAUCUGGGUUACAUCUGGAAUUACAGGGAAAAUGUUAAUGAACUAAAGGAACGUGUAAAGAAUCUUGGCCUUGAAAAAGAGAGGGUGAAACAUCAAGUUGAUGAAGCUGGGAAUAAUAUGAGAGGAAUAGAAAGUAAGGUUAGAGUUUGGCUUGAGAAAGUGGACAAAACUAUAACUGACAUAAACGAGAAGUUUCAGAACAAUGAAGACCACACAAAAACGAGGUUUUUCAAUUUGCGGAAUAGGCACAGACUAGGCAGAAAAGCAAAGAAGAUGGCUGCAGAUGUUAAGUUACUAAUAGAUGAGUCCAGGUUUGAUGGAGUUUCCUAUCAACAGAACCCAACAUCCAUAGAUGCCAUUUUGUCUAAUGUUGGCUAUAUGGAAUUUGGUUCAAGAAAACAUACAAUGGAACAAAUAAUGGAACAACUAGAAGAUUCCGCAGUGAGGAUGAUUGGAGUGUAUGGGCCAGGUGGUGUGGGCAAGAGCACUUUAAUCAAAGAGAUUGCUAAGGAAGCUAAGAAGUUGUUCAGUGUGGUAGCUAUAGCAGAGGUAACAGACAAUCCCAGACCUCAAAAUAUCCAGGAAGUUAUUGCUUAUGUAUUAGGAUUGACAUUGGAAGAGGAAGAUGAGACUGUGAGAGCAGAUCGUCUGCGAAGGAGGUUAAAGAAAGAGAAGGAGAACACCCUUGUAAUCUUGGAUGAUCUUUGGGAUAAAUUAGACUUGAAUAAGUUAGGGAUUCCAUUUGAUGAUGAUGACGACGAUGACAGUUUAAGCCAGAUGACAAUCAAAGAUAAAAAGGAUCUUAACUUCAAAGGGGUGAAAAAGGAAAAAUCUCUUGGUGAUUAUAAAGGGUGCAAAAUUUUGCUAACUUCAAGAGAUAAAAAAGUAUUGUCUGAGAAAAUGGAUGUUAAGUUAACAUCCAUUUUCUGCGUAAGGGAAUUAGAUGAGAAGGAUGCUCUGGUGUUGUUUAAGAAGGUGGCUGGGAUAUCUGAUGAAAUGUCUAGUUUUAAACAAGAAAUUGUGAAGAAAUACUGUGCAGGGUUGCCCAUGGCAAUAGUUACAGUUGGAAGGGCAUUAAGAAAUAAGAGUGAGUCAGUGUGGGCAACUACACUAGAAAAACUUAAAAAGCAAGAACUGAUGGGAGUGCAGAAAUCUAUGGAGAUUUCGGUAAAGAUAAGUUAUGACCAUCUAGAAAGUGAGGAGCUCAAAUCCAUUUUCUUACUUUGUGCUCAAAUGGGUCAUCAACCAUUGAUUAUGGACUUGGUGAAGUAUUGUUUUGGUUUGGGCAUACUUCAAGGGGUCUAUGCGCUAAGGGAAGCUCGGGAUAGAAUAUAUGCAUCUAUCCAAAAGCUAAAAGACUCAAGUUUGCUGUUGGACGGAAGUUCUAGUGAUAAUUUCAAAAUGCAUGAUAUGGUUCAAGAUGCUGCUUUAUCUAUAGCACACAAGGAGCAAAAUGUAUUUACUUUGAGAAAUGGGAAAGUAGAUGACUGGCCAGACGAGGAUGAACUCGAGAGGUGCACUGCUAUUUCUAUACACGAUAGUGAUAUCAUUGAGCUUCCUAAAGUUAUAAAUUUUCCUCAACUUAAAUUCUUCCAAAUUGCCAGUGAUGAUCCAUCUUUGAAAAUACCUGAGAAUUUUUUUGAAGGAAUGAAAAAACUCAGAGUAUUAAUAUUGAAUGGUAUUCAUCUACCAUGCUUGCCAUCUUCCAUCAAAUCCCUAUUAAACCUCACAAUGCUUUGUUUGGAGCGAUGCACUCUAGUUCACAACUUAUCCAUCAUAGGAGAGCUCAAAAAAUUAAGAAUUCUCAGCUUUUCUGGAUCUCAAAUCCAAAAAUUGCCAGCUGAGCUAGAGUGCUUAGUUAAGCUACAAUUGUUAGACAUCAGCCAAUGUUCCAUAGGGAAGGGGAUUCCACCGAAUAUUAUGUCAAGCUUGAAGUGUUUAGAAGAGUUGUAUAUAAGAAAGAGCUUGAUGAAAAUUGAGGAGGAAGGAGAGACAAACCAAAGUCAUAAGUCAUUUCUUUCUGAGCUAGAGCAUCUGCAUCAAUUGAAAAUUGUGGACUUAUGCAUCCCUAGUGCUGUAGUUUUACCUCGGAACUUGCUCUUUGACAAGUUAGAUGAUUACAAGAUCCUGAUUGGAGACUUCAAGAUGCUUUCAGUUGGAGAUUUCAGGAUGCCCAAUAAGUAUGAAGCAUUAAGAUCUUUGGCAUUGCAGCUGAAAGAUGACACUCAAAUUCAUUCCCAGAUAGGGAUAAAAUUGUUGUUUGGAAGAGUUGAAAACUUGUUGUUGGGAGAGCUAAAUGGUGUUAAGAAUGUGUUUUAUGAGUUGAAUUUGGAUGGAUUUCCAUAUCUGAAACACUUGUCGAUCAUUAAUAACGGGGAUAUUGAAUAUAUCAUUAAAUCAAUGGAGCUGUCCCAGCCUCAGGAUGCUUUUCCCAAUUUGGAAUCUCUAUGUCUCUACAAACUGAGUGAAAUAAAGAUGAUAUGUUGCAGUCCAGUUACAGAUGCGUCAUUCUCCAAAUUAAAAACCAUAAAGGUCAAGAUGUGUACCCAUUUGAAGAAUCUCUUCUCCUUUUACAUGGUGAAAUUUCUUGCUAGUUUAGAAACAAUUGAUGUUUCUGAAUCUGAUUCUUUGGAGGAGAUUGUUAUUGAGGAAAGACAAGUAAAUUCUGAGAAGGUUGAGUUUCAUAAGUUACGGUCCUUGAAACUACAAUCCUUACCGUUAUUUACUAGUUUUUAUACUAAGGUUGAGAAGCCUUCUGCACCUCAAUUGAUACAAGGGCAAACAACAAACAGGGAUCACACUGAAAUCACUAUUGCAGAGGAUGAGCAUUAUCUCUUUAGUGAAAUGGUUGAAGUUCCCAACUUAGAGAGGUUGAAGUUAUCCUCGAUCAAGAUCCAUAAGAUAUGGAGAGACCAGCCUUUGUCAAGUUCCAGCUUUCAAAAUUUAAUAAAAUUAACUGUUGAAGGUUGUCAUAACUUGGAAUAUUUAUGUUCAUUGUCUGUGGCUAGCCGUUUGGAGAAACUGAAAGGCCUUUUUAUUAGUGACUGUCGGAUGAUGAAGAAGAUUUUUAGCAUUGAUGGAAAUAGUGAGGACAAGGUCUGCAUUUUUCCUAAGUUGGAGGAAAUCCGCCUCACCGAAAUGAAUAUGUUAACAGACAUUUGGCAAGCUGAAGUCAUUGGUGCUGAUUCCUUUUCUAGUCUCAUUUCUGUGCACAUUGUAAGGUGCAGAAAACUAGACAAGAUAUUUCCGAGUCACAUGAAAGGAUGGUUUAGGACAUUAAACAUCUUGAAGGUUGUUAAUUGCAAGUCAGUGGAAGUGAUUUUUGAAGGAAUUCUUAACUUCAAAAAUCUGCGAAGUAUAGGCGUUUUUGAUUGUGAUAAACUUAGCAGUGUUUUACCAGCUUCUGUGGCCAAAGAUCUUGAAAAGCUUGAAUACCUUUUGGUAAUGUUUUGUGAUGGAAUAAUGGAAAUUGUUGCCGGGGAAGAUGGCUCAGAAACUAGCAAUGAACCAUUAGUGUUUCCUGAAGUAACUCGGAUCACAUUAUGUUACCUAGAAAAAAUUAAGCGUUUCUAUAUGGGGAGACAUACUAUAGAGUGUCCAAAAUUGAAGCAGUUGACAGUGGUAUCUUGUGAUAUGCUGCAAACAUUCACAACAGAAACCACAAAUGAAGAAGGAAAUGCAGUUUUCUCAGCUGAAAAGGUAAGAAAUCAUUAA